UGUGCGCGGCGCGGUGCAGUGUGGGCGCGGGGCUGAGGCCGGCGCUGGAGGAGCCGCGGAGGAUGGGUCGCAGCGACAUCAUGAGCGCGGCCGAGGACGUGGCCGAUCAGGUUUCCUCUUUUCUGCGCAUGACAAAGCAGUACCUGCCCCACCUGGCCCGCCUCUGCCUGAUCAGCACCUUCCUGGAGGACGCCAUCCGUAUGUGGUUCCAGUGGCACGAACAGAAGGAUUACAUUGCGUCUACGUGGAAAUGUGGCUAUUUCCUGGCCACCAUCUUCGUCCUUUUGAACCUGUGCGGACAGUUAGGUGGAUGUAUCCUCAUAUUAAGCAGAAAUUUUGUACAGUAUGCCUGCUUUGGACUAUUCGGAAUUAUAGCAUUACAGACUGUAGCAUACAGCAUUCUCUGGGAUCUGAAGUUUCUGUUGAGGAACCUGGCUCUGGGAGGCGGGCUCUUGCUGUUGUUGGCUGAGUCGCGAUCGGAGGGGAAGAGCAUGUUUGCGGGCGUGCCCACCAUCGCCGAGAGCUCCCCCAAACAGUACAUGCAGCUGGGGGGCCGCGUGCUGCUCGUCCUCAUGUUCAUGACACUCCUGCACUUCGACACCAGCCUCUUCUCAGUGGUACAGAACAUGGUGGGCACGGUGCUGAUCGUCCUGGUGGCCGUGGGCUACAAGACCAAGCUGGCGGCCUUGACCCUGGUCAUCUGGCUCUUCGGCCUCAACCUGUACCUAAACAGCUUCUGGACAAUCGCUGCCUACAGGCCCUUCCACGACCUGCUCAAGUACGACUUCUUCCAAACCAUGUCCGUCAUCGGUGGGCUGCUGCUCGUGGUGGCGCUCGGACCUGGAGGGGUCUCCAUGGAUGAGAAGAAGAAGGAGUGGUGAGCCCUCGUCCAGGAGCCCCUCCUCCAUCUCUCUCCUCCUCCCCCGCCCCACUCCUUAAUGUACAGUUACAUUGUACAUGCGCCCAGCGAAUACAUCAUGGUGUCUCCACUCUCCCCCCCCCCCCCCACUCACUCAAACCUGGUUGUCACAGUAAACUCACACACCACAGCCACCUAUUCAGGUCAGCGUAUUUAAAAGAAGGAGAAAAAUACUGUGAAUCCGUGUAAAAGUAUUUAUAGUUCACACUUCAAAUAAUGGCUGUGAGGGAAACAAGAUUCGCUUUUGCCACUCCCAACUCUGCAUCCCCUCUCCUCUGCCCCCCCCCCCCC